AUGGGAAGCCUCAAGGAGAAGCUUGGUCGAGUAUGUGGGAAGUUUUUCAUAUAUAUCAAUGUCCCUGCGUACAAAGCAGAAUCUCAUGAGUACAAAAACAUGAUAAUUGGAGCACAAGAGUGUCCAAAUGUUCCUCCGCCAAGUUCGUUUCAGAUAAUGAACAAAUAUUUGGCCAUGGAACAUAAGGAAAUAACUGAAUAUAUAAAUAGCCAAAGAAAAAUGUGGAAAACAUAUGGCUGCACCAUAAUGGCUGAUGGGUGGUCCGGUCCAACAAGAAUGCAAGUUAUCAACUUCAUGGUUUACUGUAAGGGUAAGACUGUGUUUUUGAAGUCUGUCAAUGCAUCAAGUGAUAUAAGGGAGCACAAAUACCUUGCCAAGCUAUUUAAAGAUGUCAUUGAUGAAGUGGGGAAGGAGAAUGUGGUUCAAAUAUGUACCGAUAAUGGCUCAGCAUUUGUGAAGGCUGGUAAAACAUUAUCGGAACGUUAUAACUUCUAUUGGACUCCAUGUGCUGCACACUGCAUCGACUUAAUGUUUGAAGAUAUUGGUAAAAAGACAAAGGUAAGUGAUAUGAUUACUAUUGCUAGACUCGUGACUGUGUAUAUAUACAAUCACGGAUGGGUGCUUGCUCUUAUGAGAAAAAUAUGUAAUGGUGAUUUGAUUCGACCAGGACCAACACGGUUUGCCACUAAUUACAUUUCUCUUCAAAGCCUUUUCCAAAAGAAGGCUGGACUUAAACAAUUGUUUACUUGUGAUGACUGGGUUACUAGCAAAUAUAGUCGAAGCAAGGUGGGAAGACGUAUAGAGGAACUCGUUCUUGAAAACAUGUUUUGGGACAAUGUGCAAGCAGUGAUUUCUAUUUACGAGCCAUUAUACGGUGUUCUUCGAAUAGUUGACACAGAGGUUAACCCGACAAUGCCAAUGCUGUAUGAUUUAUUUAAGAAGGUGAGAACAAAGCUGGAAGAAGUCAGGAAUACAGUUUGGUAUAGUGAAGGAAUUGGUGAUGAUCCAGAGCUACUAGACGCCCUUCACUCAGUUUUUGCAAAGUUAGACCCAAACUCCAUAGGCAUCGCACAAUUCGGAAAUGAGAUUAUAAGCUUUAGAGACUCAUCAUACGGAUUUGGAAGACCAGCUGCCAUUGCUGCAAGGAAAGCAAUGACUUCAUAUGAAUGGUGGAACAUGUAUGGGGGUGAUGCACCUACACUUCGUAAAUUGGCAAUGAAGAUCCUAUCUCAAACCACAUCAUCUUCUGCUUGCGAGCGAAAUUGGAGCACAUUUGCUCUUAUCCAUACGAAGCAAAGAAAUCGUCUGGCACAUAACAAACUCGAGCAAAUUGUGUAUUGUUAUUACAACAUGAAGCUACAAUUGCGAGAUGCAAAAGCCGCUGCAGAUAGAGUUGCGGAGACCAGUUAUUUAGACCUAUUCAAUAUAGCUGCAGAUAUAGGUGCGGAGGAAACUGCUGAUCCAAUAUACCAUUGGGUUCGACCUUUACAUUUAGAUGAUGUAGCAGGAAAUCCAGAUCCAAAUAUAGCAACUCAUGCUCGUGGAAUGGGAAUUGAUGUGGAUAAGAAAGUACUUACGGAAUUGGAUCAAGCUCACAAGGUGGAAGCACAUAUGGCCUUUUUGAUCAUUCUUCGUCCCAAAUGUCGCAUGCUUCAUACAAUGAAACACCAUAUUGGGUAA